AUGACUGCAGCCCCGAUGCUGCUGCCCAAGAAGGACAAGUAUGAACAGCUGCUGGCAAAGUACGACUGGAGCUCGCCAUUUCCACCACGCGGCUACCAGUUCGGCGUAGGACGCGGUGCUAAGCCGUUCUCUACAUCCGCAGAGUUGAGUUCUGCUAUCGGUGCUACCACCGCCCCCUUUUUGCUCUCAACACCUGAAACGAAUGGCCUGUUAGAUGCGUUAGAUCGUCUCGAGGAGCGGCGGCAGAAGCGCCGAAGGGAUGACGCGAAGAAGUCUCACCGUGUCGCCGCCACGACGCACGAAAACGCGAAGCCGAAGACUCUGCUUUCCAUGGACGAUCUUGCCACGGUUGGCAGCGGUAUGGCGGGACACUCGCUGGUGAAGCGCAAGGCGCGCACAGAGGAUAUGGAUGUAAUAGAUGACCACGCAUUUGCGGACGAGACGUCGGUGGUGACGGCGGGGGACUUGCUUCGCAGCCAGACUUUCACCACCAAUCAAACGCUGGAAAACAUUCUUGGAAUGGGCUCGCCAACGGAGCAAACGACGUGGAUUACGCACUCACGUGCAUUUCGUGAAAUGGGGAUGACAAAAAAGGCACAACAGACACUAAUGGAGGGUUGUAGACUUACUGGGGCUAAAGGACCAUUUAUCUGGAAGGAGCGUUUAGAGUACACUCAGGACCCGGCAGCUCAACGACAGCUCCUUGAAGAGGCUGUAAAGGCCUGUUCCGGGUGUGAGGAGUUGUGGUUGCUGUUGCUAGAGCAUGAGCCUCCCCACGAGCAAUUACACUGGCUGCAGCAGGCCGUCAUGAUGUGCCCCUCGAGUGAGAACCUCUGGCUACGCGUCCUGCAGCACAUUUCUGCGCCACGAGAUCAAAAGAAGAUUAUCCGCAAGGCACUUGAAGUGACCCCUCAGCUUCCGUCUCUUUGGGCGAUGUUGGCAAGGCUAGAGUCCUACGAGGCGGGUAAAGCCAUUUUUAAUGCGGCUGCAGCCGAGCAUCUCUCACUGCAGAUUAUUGUUGAGGCAUCCAAGUUUGAGGAGUUUCACCUGCAUGCACACGUGAAGGAUGGAAAUGGGACGCAGGAAGGAGGGCAGCAGGGGUUGAGCAAUGAACGAAUUCAAUGCUUUGUGCGUCAGGCUGCAGGGCGGUUUCUUGUAGUGGACGAGGAAAAGUCAAGAAGAGAGUGGCUUGAGGCGGCACGCGCCGCUGCCUUUGAACGAUACAUUGUGACGUCCGCAUACAUGUAUUUGUACUUUGUUUCCGACAGGACGGCAGCCUCUCUUUCGGUACCCGCCACAUGGAUAGAGGAUCUAAUGGCACUACUCCCAGACGCAUGGCAGACGCAUGAGACACUCUGCGCCGCAUGGGCGGCGAUGCUCAUCCUUCACCAGACGUGCAGUAAGGCUUCACAGGGUGACUCCGGCGUCACAGAAAAGGAGGUGGAGGUCAUGACCGCUGCUUUGCAUCUGGCUCCGUCCUUGGCGAUGGACGCCAUCCUGUCGGCGUUGGCACAGCACCCCUUUCUUACCAAUGCAUUCGUCGUGAAGAGCGGUAAGGUGGAGGAGGAACAAGAGGAGGAGCUUGACCUACCGGCGAAGACGACAACUUCGGCCUUGUCGCCAGCAAAUGGCGCCACCACUUCGGCUACCGCGGCUUCGCAUAGUCUUCCAUUGCCACUGACAUGUGUUUUUCUUCCAACGCUGUUGCCUAUGCCGUCGCUUGCCACGGCGGAGGUGACAAUUCGCAUCGCUAAAGUAUUGUAUGAUCGCAGACUGUAUGAGGGCGCCUUACAUGUGCUGCAGCUGGGCAUUUUGCAGCACCCCACAAAUACCUCUCUCUUUGCAGCUGCAGCCAAAACCCUUGUGGCACUUGAUCGUGAGGCACAAGCCGUGGAAUUGCUUUUGCGGGGAACGGAGCUUCUAGCGGUGGAUAGUGACAUUGUGUGGGUUAAGUUGGCCGUGCAUCAGCGAAGUAAAGGCGAAAAAAUUUUGCCUCUUCUUGGGAAGGCUUUGAACAUGUUUCCCAAGUCUGAAAAGCUGUGGUUGAUGCGAUUGGAGGCAGAAGGGAUGCGGAUUAAAGGGUUGCUGGAUGAUGCGGCAAUGCGGGGCGUCAGCACGUCAGCCUUCAUCACUGAGCUGCGCCAAAUCUACAUGAAGGCUCUUGGUCUGGCGCACUGUCGUUUCUCCCCCGCUGUGUGGUGUUACGCAGCUGAGCGGUUGGAGUCCACUUUGUUGAGCAAUGCGAGUGCAGCCCGAGCGCUGCUUCUUGAGGGUGUCGUCGUCUGCGGGCAGCAAGAACCGAGUAGGAAGGCAGAAAUCCAUGCCACUUUUGGCCUUGCGAGGUGCCACGUGGAACUAAUGCACGGGGGUCGUGAAACAGCUCUGGAGGUUGUGAGGGAAACGUUACAGCUGCUGCCUAAAAAGAAUGGCUGCUUUACUGUUUCUGUGGGCGAGCUGGUGUCUCUUUCCAUUGACCUUGAGGCACCUGCAGCGCGGGGUCGUGCGGCGGCACAGGCAGUGCAGCAUUGGCAUGUGCGGGAUCCCCUAGUGAUUAGCUCCAUUGCGAAGGUGUACCAUGCGGCUGGCAAGUGCGACAAGGCAUUUGAUCAGGCAUUGAAGGCGGUAAAAAUGAGUCAAGGGCGUUGUGGUGAUGCUGUGGCCUUGUGGCUGAAGCUUGCCUCCCUGCCUGCGUACAGUCACGUGGUGAGAUUGUUAAUGGGAGUAACUGACGAAGCUGAAUUGUCUAACACGGAGGAGUCUGCUCCUAUGAGUAUGCUGUUGCCAUGGCUAUGGAGCCAGGUUGGAGCGGACGGCGGUGAUACGGAUCCAGCGAGUGAUGCGGGCAGCAGAGAAAAACGCACAGCAAAAAUUAACAAUGGUCCCCUUUGGCUGCAUGUCGCCAAGAUACGGGACCCAAGCAACGUGACACUGCUCGGCUACAGGGACUCUAUUGAGUCCAUGCUACAGCAGGUAAUGGAUCUCAUUGAGCUGUGA